AUGGCAUACCCAGCCUACUACCCUCCCCACCCACACAGCCAACCACAGCACCAACAGCCGCAGCCACACCACCACCAUCCUCACCCUCACCAUCCUCACCCUCACCCUCAACAUCAUCCCUAUCACCCUCCCUACCAGCCCUACCCUCCACCAAACUAUCCUCAACAAUACCCAUCUGGUCCCGGCUACGGUCACGGCCAUCCCACAUACUACCCUCAACCACAGCAAUAUUCAACUGACCCUGCUACAGCCUCUACCUCGGCUUCUUCUCCAGCACAGGCGCUGUCCGCAACUGAAACGUCAUCUGUAACACCCGCUCCCACUGCCAAAUCGACCAAGACCGGAACGGCGACCAAGACUCCCAAAGCAAAAUCUGGCCCAAAAACCACCACCGCUUCAGCAGCAGGAGGAGACACACCCAAGGCAAAUUCGACCCCCAAGACGCCAAAAGUCUUUCGAUUCGAGGGCAGUAUCUCGUCAGAGUCCUUCAAGACCUCAAAGUCGUUCGACCUCGCCGGAGUCAACAUUCUCAAUCGGAAACCGCUCGACACCAAGACUGCGCUUGACAAGCUGCAGCGACGUCGUGAAACCCACAACCGUGUUGAGCGCAAACGACGAGACUGCAUUAACCAGUUGAUUGAUGACCUUACACAGCUCCUCCCUUCUAAGCACCUCGAGGAAACAACCUCGAAAUGCCACCGCGUCAACGUCCUCCGAGGAGCCGUCAGCCAUAUCAAGUUCCUGAAUGACUCUAACGAAGCCCUCACAAAGUCCAUUCGUUCAAUCAAGGGCGAUGAUUUCACGCUGUACCUCCCACAAGAGUCCUCCGCAGGUCCCGGAAUGUCCAUGGAUGUCGAUGACGAAGACGACGAUGAUGCUAUCAAGGGAGAAGGUGACUCUGAUGACGAUCGGACGCCUGAUCAGGUUACCGCCACUAUGUCUCGCUCUGGCUCGCCUUCGUCCUCGAUCACCUCAACACCCAGCUCACCCAAGACCUCACUCACCAGAAGGAUGGUCCCACCUCCAGUCAUCAUUACCGAUGCCCCCAGUCCCUCAACCGACAAGAUUCAGUCAAUGACCGUUGAUCCUUUCAGCGCAGAGUCGCGUCAAAGGGCUAACUCGUUUGCAUCUUCGAUUGGGGACAUGAGCAGUCCAAGGAAUUCCUUCUCGAACUCACCCGCCUUCCCACCCUCGCCCACCUCGCCAGCCAUGUUUGGCCUCUCAGGACAGUUCCCUGCUGGCGAAGAUCGUGUUGACGGACAUGCAUGGGAUCAGCAGCAACAGCAGCAAAAGCAGCAGCAAUUGUCGCCGUACUUGAACCAUUCGCCCUCGCCAUCGCCUUCAUUGCCACCAAUUUCGUCACUGUCCAACUUGCAUAUCCAUUCGCCCACCAACCGCCCAGCGGAAGGCCCAGCUGAUAUUCAGACUCCAGGUGAUUCCAACCGCAACCCAUCAUCGUCGUAUUCAGGACGUGGUAAUCGUGGUCCCGUUGUUCUCCCACCUCUUAUGAUCCCAGAGCCUCACCACUUGCAUCCGUCCUACCAACAGGGCUCUGCCACUAGUUCAAGCAGUGGUGCUCGGACUAGCGGAACAGGAAGCAACCGAAGCAGUUUGACAUUGUCGCCCAACCCUUCGGAGCAGCCUCCUAUCUCGCCUUUUAUGCUUUCGCCUCUCUUGCCUCGUUCUCCUUCGAUCGGACCUACUUCUUCCAUCUCGCCUGGAAACUCGCCUCACCCUCGAUGGGCCCAUGACGGAAUCCCUUCGCCUCAGCCUUACCCACCUCAUGGAUCGCCGUUUGGACAGCCACCUCACAGCCCAGGAUAUGGAUUCGUUUACCCCGGAUAUCCUGACCCCAACCAGCAGCCAACAGCAGCGGCAGCAACUCAGCAACAAAAGACCAAGGCAUCUCACCACGAGCGCCACAAGUCAUUGCAGCCCGAACCCAUCUUUAUCCAGGAGGAACCAUGGAACACGCAGCGGAAGCGUAGUACAUCGAGUGCCUCAGGCAAGGCGAGCAAGUCUGGAGGAUCCAACAAGAAGAAGGCAGCAACGGUGGAAGAAGGUGGAUCGUCGCCGGCUGUGUACCCUACAAGCCCCAACCCCAAGAAACGAACCCAGAUCACGACAGGACACGAGACGGGAGCUGUCGGAGCUGAGGAGGCGUCUAAGCGAUCGAAACAGUUGGACAACAUGACGGCACCUGAGGUUGUUGUGGAAACCCCACCGACGGUAAAAGUGGAGGAGCCUGUCGAGGCCGAUGAGGAGGACGCAGCCCAGACACUGACCUCACUUGCCCAGAUCUCUGCAUAA